CCGAUAUCGAAAGAAAAUUGAAUUAUUUCCAGAUCGCAACCCUACAUACGAUCUGUAAAUCGUGAUUAAACUGUGUGAUAUGUGGCGUGUGAUCAAAAAUAUGACUGUGAGAUGAAGAAAAAUGUAAAACGAUCGGCGGCGCGUUCGCGGUUUCUCAAAUGUAAAGGAUUACACGAUCGGCUCGGUGUACGGCGUAUACCAUGGUUUGUAUAGGUGGGUUAGAAUUUUUGGGACUCUGAUGGCGCUGGAUUACGGUGAGAAAAAAAAAAUAAAAAAAAACGAGAGAAACGUACAGACAGAUCACAGACGGACGAACGGACAGAUCUUCGCUGACAGACAAUGUAUAGUACAUGGAUCGCAGUUUUGGGGCUGUGUGACACGUUAUACGGCGGAGGAGACUGAUAUAUCAGAAUCAAUACAUUAUGAUUCAAAGAUUAUAUCUUUCGAUUCGUCUAGACAUUGGAGAGGGAGACACCCUAUAUAAGCCUCGAUCUUAGCCCCCCCAGGAGACAUCUGAACUCGCACUUACCUCAAGUACAGAGAGCAUAAGGAUAUAUAUUUCUCAGGAAAAUUGCCUAUUGUUCUUGUGUUCAGAAACUAAACAAAGGUUGCGAAGAAAGUAAGGGAGUUAAAGAUUUUCGAACAAAAAAAAAGAAGAUGAUAACGAUAUAAAAAAGCAAAAAAAAAAAAAAAGAAAAGAGAAAUUGUAAAAUACCGCAUAUAAAACUCAAAACAAGUAAAAGUAUUCGGGCUGCACGCCUCGCGCGGUCUUUUCAUCUUUUUCAUCUUCUCGCUUACGGAUCACCGUAAAUUUCAGUUUCUUACAUCCGUUGAAAUACACCUACGUUAAACCCGGAUAGAAAUAGCCGGGGUUUCUUACUCAGUGGUAACUUAAAAUCUCAUCUCGCCGAGGCUCCGCACUCGCUGCGGAGUGGGGUAAAACUAUAUCGAUAAUUAAAUAGGAGAAGGAAAACUGAUAAAUCAAAGAGAAUUGUCCACGUUCGAGCCCGACGAAAUUAAGGACUUCUCGCCCUCCGAUCGACGUUCAACGCCGCGCUGCUGAUCGAGCCAGAGGAGCAUAAGGUACAUAAAAAUCCGCGAGCCAAAAAUUCUUUGGAAUAAUAAAAGAGAGAGAGAGAGAGAGAGAGAGAGAAAAGAGGAGAGGGGAAUAAGAAAAUAAAGAAGAGGAAAAGAAACCCGAUCGUGCGGAUAUUCGCAAAAAAAUUUAAUAUUCUUGAAAAGAUAGAAAAGAAAAUUUUUCGUCGUAGAGUUGCUGGUAUAGUUGUGCAGGCUGGGAAUUAUAACUGAGUAGACAGAAUUGUGUCUGUGGUGUCUCUGCUCGACUCAGUUGAGACGAAAGCCUCAGGCCGAGCACACGCAUAGGAAUCUUCGUAGAGUAACAGCACCAUACUGUCAUAAUAUUUGUAAAGACGAAUUAUUUGAUAAAAAAAGAAUCCAUUUUAAUCGAUAUCGCAGACGGUUAACGAUCAAGCCAUAAAAAAAAAAAAAAAAUUACGCGCGAUAAAGAACACUCAUGUAUAACAAUUAUUAAAUUAUUCGAUAAUAAUUAAUGCACCCGAUGCGUAAUUCCUGAAGAGCAAUCACAUGUUCAACGAAUGGGAGAAAUUAAUUAGAAUUUAACGAUCGAUUUCAAUCAAUCAAAAAUUUCUGAAAAAGCACGCGUUUGAUCUAUACAGAUUCGCGUAUAGUAUCAACUCGCGGUGUUGGAGAUAAAUAAACUUUUGUCAGUUUAUAUAAAAAGAACAAUGAACGAUGCACUCGAUUAAGAUCAUCCCUACGAUAUAACUGUUGAGUUUAAUUUUAUUUUGCUUUUUAAUUUUAAUUUUAAUUCUUUUUGUUUUGUUUUUUUUAUAUUUUUCCGAAGUUGUGACAAGCACAUCGACGUAGUAUAAUAAUAAUUUGUUUGGCACAGGAUAUGAAAAAUCGUUGAGUAGAAAUAAUUGAGAAAUCUGUGAAUUUUUAUUUAUAAAUCUGUAACUGCGAUACUAAAAACAAAAAGGAAAAGAAUAAAUUGAGCAACAAUCAAAGAAAGAAAAAAGUUAUCACGAUGAAUAUCGUUGGAAUAUAUUUAUUCCUUAUAUUAUCGUCGAGUAGUGUUUUGUGCGGUAGAAUUCUACGUGAAAAUUUGAAAAACGAAACGGCAAAGCAACCGGGGGAGCUGCCGAAAUUGACGGAAAAGCAACAGCUGGUUGCACAGAGUACGGAAAGUGAAAAUGGAAUGCAAAACGGCGAAGCCACGACACCGGAUUAUCAGAUCGGCGGUGAAUAUAACGAAGGAGAAAUUUUCGGGGCUGUUGACGAAACGGAUAACACUGAAAAAAGCUCGUUGGAUAACAAUCGAGUGAAACUACCCGAAAAUCCGAUAAGCGCUAAGAGGUACGAGAAGAUGUUGAAGAAAGCAAUCUUGAAAAUAAUCACCGGGGAUCUCACGAACGCCGACAUGGAGCUGUUGAAAAGUUUGAACUACGACGCUGAUCAGGUGCUUACGAUCAGGGCACAGGAAUUUAAAAAACGAAGAAAUCAGGUGGAAACUAUCAACGAAAAAAGAAAGCUCGAAAGUUGGAUGAAGGAAUCCGGGAAUCCACAUCAGAAAAAAGAAUUCGAUUACGCGUCGUACAAUACCAAAGCAACCGACGACUACGAGAACGCCGCUUCUAAUUUCGAAGCUAAUUAUAUUACAGAUUCAUUCGACGAUUCCCUUCUCACCGAUUACGAGGACCGCACCAGAAGCAGCACGGAAAUAUUCCCCGAUCAGGACAGAUCGAUGAAACCGAAUAUCGUGUUCAAAAUUCCCUACAACGAUUCCGAAUUCGAUUCGAGUUCCGAGGAGAAGCCGAGGUUAUCGGCCGAGGAAAAUUAUCAACCGAGUUCGUUUAACGGCACGGGAAAUAAUUUUCCCGAAACUUCUGUUGCCACUAACGCUACUCCUCUUACUUUAGUAAACUUAUUCAGCAAUCGUUGGGAGCGAUUAAACUUCACUAAAAAUUAUCCAACCACUACGGAGCUGCCGGAGGAGGAGAGCAACAAUGUCAAUGUCAAUAGAACCGAAUCGAAUACAACCGUCAAUCGUCCGGAUAAUAAUUUUCAUUACGAGAAUGUCGAAAAAUCGGUUACGCUCGGUCAAGGUCAGAGCUUUCUCAGCAUCGCGCCGUUCUCUUUGACGACUUCUGCGCCAAAGGUAUCGAAAAAUCCGCAGACUACCACAUCGGAAAUAGAACCGUCGACCACCCCCACUCCCGGAAAAAAUAAUCACGAUUUGUACAAAGGACUGAAAUGGAUUCAGGAUGACGUUUAUCAGGUCAUACCGGAGCUGAUGGGCUCCUGGGAGUUUGAUAAUCUCGAUAAUGAGACCUCGGAUUCUUUGUACGACGACACGUUUUACCAAAAUCUCGACAAUGUGGCCAACAAGAACAUCACGGACAACGGAAGUAUCGACCUCGUCGAAGAAGUUCUCCAAAAUGACGGCCCGGAAUUCGUCCAGCUAUUCAGUUCGCACGGCAAUCUCACCGAUCAGGAGAACUUCGCCAAUCAAUCAGACAGUGCUUACAUGAUCAUAGCCCGCCGAAAUAGUGAAAAUAUGUCCGCAUCAAUCGAUAGCACGCGGCAAAAAACUAUGGAGGAUAUAAAGAGGAGGAUUCUUGAGAUCACCGGACGUUUUAAUUCCACGAACAGUACCCGUGCACAUUCGUCUACGGAAAAAUUGGCCAUGUUUCCACCAAUUUGUGAAAUACCUCGUAAUACCGAUCCCGAAGCGUGGCGGGACCCGUUUUCCAUAAACAUGUACUUUCAACCGAACUUAACGUCCGACCAACAUGUAUUUUAUGCGAGACUGAGAUUGUUCAAAUUACCGCAACAAGGGGCAACGUUGACCACGACAUCCAGAAACAUUGACGACGUCUACGACGACGAGAAGAAGAUCAGAAUAUCGGUCUAUUUUUACACCAAGUCUCUGAAAAAACACCGAUCUAAAAAACGCCUCAUGGAUUCAGUCAUGACUUCCUUGACGACGACCGGAUCCUACAUAGUUCUUGACGCUAAACCGGGCUCGAAAUUCUGGCGCUUGAAUCCUCGUAAUACGAACAAUCAUGGACUCGUUGUACAGGUAGAAGACCAGGACGGACGUCCUCUGGAGCCAAGUCUUUACAUACAAAGACCAAACUGCCGUGAACCUACGGACUCGGAACAACAAGAUGAGAAGGCAUAUCAACGGGUCCCUGAACUCUUCAUCAGAGCCUGUCCUCGUUACGAUCGUAUAGUGGAUGGAAAGAAGAAUACGUACGCCGAUUGCAGGGCUAAAUCAGAGCGCGGUCUUUUGCCCGGGGAGGUAAGCCUGUGAGGUGAAAUUGGGAAUUGUGGAUUUUCGCGAGUUGCGGUACCUGGACAAUGAUAUAACAAAAUCUGGUAUAUAAUGCAGCAGAUGGUCGUGACGUAACAAGUGCAGAUAUAUAUAAUAUACGGAAAACUCUGCAGUAGUUUGAUAAGCGGGGAAAAAAUCUCUUAAAAAAUUAGCAGCUUAGAAGACAGAAGAAAAUUGAGUUUGGAACGUUUGUAACGUUCUCUUGGUGGUCUUUUGAAAAGUUUAAUGUUCGGUGAAUUCUAUUUUAAUAAAUGCAACGAAUAAACUGUCUUCGAGAAUAACUUAAAAAUAUAUAAUAUAAUAUUAUUUAAAUCGGAUAUCGAUAUAUUAUAUCGCAUAAUUCAGAAAUAAUUGUUAAUAAUAUUGUUAAACGAAAUACUUAGAUGUUUAUUGUUUAGGUUGUAAUUGUGUAGGGUGGAUUUCAGAAUUUAAUAAUUAUCGCCUUGUAAAUAUAGUAAUUAUAAAAGCCGAAAUGAUAUAUAUAGUUUGAAAAUCUUAACAGAUAUGUAGCGAAUAGUAUCUGAAUACUAUACUUAUUAUUAUAAUUUUAUAUUAAUUUCAGCUUAAUUAUUAAUAUCAUUUUUACUCCUAAUAUUGUCAUAUUCAUUAUUUACAAUUAGCGUUUCCUUUAGAUCUGUUCUUAGAUUAUAUUAUCAAAUGUCAAGUGCCAAUGACUGAUGAAAUAGAAGUCGAUAGAGACGUUAAUAUAUUGUAGCGAUAUUGUUCAUUAAAACGUAUAUGUUAUGUAUCUACGUUAUAUUAUAAUGCCACUUCCUAUAAAUAUGAUGUUACUUUCAAACUUUAGAUGUGAGAAAAAUGGAGAAAAACUUUUCACGCUCUCUGCGGCAAAAGAAUAAAUCAGAAUUGGCUCAUUAUACUGCAACGAAAGCAAGUCAUAUAAAAUUUGAAACUAUUCUAAGAUGAAUCAUUGUAUAUAAUUGUAUAUUUCCAUUCAUGCAUAACAAUAAAUAUUUUACCAAUA